ACAUUUCUCUUACCAAUGGGGACAUUUAGGAAGAAAUUCAUGGCUGUUGCUCAGGACAGUAUGACAAGUAAUCUCAACAUGGUAGAUGUCAAAUUGGACUGUCUGAGUAGGAAGAUGGACAAGCUUGCGUUAGGGCAGGAAAAAAUUCUAAAAUUAAUGGAAAUGCACGACAGAGGUGCUGAGCCUCUGCAGAAGGGCCCAGACACCAUGAAAUAUAGUGGUAAAUUGGUAGAGGCACCACAGAAGAGUGACGACAACUGCAGCUGCAAACAGAUUUGUCAGGAGAUAUCAGAAAUGUUGAGUUCUGUUUCUCGGAUUUAUGAGCUUCACUCCCAGCGAAUAGAUCAUCUUGAGCAACUGGUCCAAGCAAUGGUACAGAAGCUGGAAGCAGUCACAGAAAUAACAGCAACAGGGCACAUUACAAAGAGUGAGGUCAUCACUCUGCAAAGAAGAGAACAAGAAGAAGACGACGAACGCUUCUCAGCAUAUCAGAAGAUCUGUAAGCCAUCAGAAUUUUUGUGGAAAAAUGGAUCUGAUCAGCAGAAGAGCAAUGAUGUGAAAGAAGUAAGGACGAGAAAAGAAGGAAAUGGAAUUCUACAUACAAAAGACACGCAGAACCAAAGGGAGGUGGAAGAACCCAAGUCAGAUCCUUUGUACUCCGGCUUGCAAAGCGAACUACAGACUGAAAUACACACAGAGAAAGAUCAAGGAUCAGCAUCUAAAUCUAAACAUAAUAAUAGCAACACCUGUGAUUCUUGUUUAAUGACAUCAAAGGUGACAAAUACUGAUGGUGUAUCUGCAGCUGCUGUAGACGGGUUUCAGCAUCCUACAGAAAUGGAGCAGCAAGCACUAAGGUCUAGUGUCGUUGUGUCUAAAAAGGCUAUAGAACAUGAUACAAAUGUUGGCCUCCAAAAAGAGAGCAGCACUUCAGUUUGUAUUAAAGCUUCUGAGCCGAGUGGAUUAGCUAGCUUUGAAAAGGAAAUCAGUAUUACAGAGGCAAAAAUUAGACAGCUGGUAGUAUGCAAGCAUGAAUAUAUUAGUUCUGGUGUGAAAACAGGUGAGAGUUUUGCUAGCAGUAAAAUGAAGGACAGAUCAAUGUGCACAGAAAUAACGACUGCUUAUUGUGCAUAUGGGGAAAAUAUAAAAGAAGGAGCAGGCACAACACUGGAAACAAAACACACAAAGACUAUGACAAAACAAUUUCAAGUAACAAAUGACAAAGUGACCAAUGUUCCAAAUGAACAGGCUGCUGCUGGUAGAGAGGAAAAUGACACCAUCCAGGGAAACAUUUUGCAAGAAUGUGACUUUAAGGACAAUAUGACGAAAGAAGAGGGUCAAUGCAGUGGAUUAGUUAUGGAAUCACCAAAUAUGCCAAGCCCCCUGAAGCACAGCAAGACAUGCCCAGUGCAACUCAACAGGUAUGAAGUAGGGAAGGAGAAGGUUCCGGAUUCAAAACCAGCAGGAUCUAGUUCAGAAAGUGACACACAGAAAAAUGCUGCGAUGAAUCUUGGAGGAGUAAACUGCAACAGCACUACAUCCGCAGCAGAGACUGUAACUGGAAACAAGCCCAGCGACAUUCCCAUUAGAAGCACGGAGAGUGAAGAAAGAAAGUCAGAAAAUGCACAGGCCUCACCCUAUAUUGAGAUUAAAAUGCACCUAGACAGACUGAAUUCUGUGACUGUGCUCCAACAUGAAAAGCCACGCAGGGAGGGUGAAGUCAAAGUAAUAGAUGACUGCCCACCACCACCAGCACCUUUUCCUCAUCAUGUUGUCUCCCUGAAGUCUGCUCCGCCAUCAAGUUUCUACAGUAUCAACUUACGACAGGUGAUAGGAGGGGGAAGGUUUGGCCAUGUGCACAAAUGCACAGAAAAAUCUUCAGGACUAAAACUAGCUGCAAAAUCAAUUAAGGUUCGGUGUCCUAAAGAUAAGGAGCUUGUGUUGCAUGAGGUGCAAACAAUGAAUCAAUUAAACCACCCAAACCUGAUCCAGCUGUAUGAUGCGUUUGAGUACAAGAAUGACAUCACUCUCAUCAUGGAAUAUCUGGAAGGUGGCGAACUCUUUGAAAAAAUUAUUGAUGAAGACUACCGUUUGACAGAACUGGAAGUUAUGGUGUUUGUUAAACAGAUCUGCGAAGGCAUCCACUAUAUGCACCAAAUGUACGUUCUUCACUUGGAUCUAAAGCCUGAGAAUAUUCUGUGUGUGAGUCAAGCAGGGAACCAAGUGAAGAUCAUUGACUUUGGACUCGCAAGGAGGUAUAAGCCAAGAGAGAAACUGAAAGUAUCAUUUGGAACUCCAGAAUUCCUUGCACCAGAAAUCGUGAAUUUCGAUUUUGUUUCCUUCCCUUCAGAUAUGUGGAGUUUGGGAGUAAUAACCUAUAUGCUACUGAGCGGUUUGUCACCUUUUAUGGGGGAAGAUGACACUGAGACUCUCAACAAUGUGUUGACUGCAAACUGGAGUUUUGACGAAGAGACGUUCAAAACAGUAACUGAAGAAGCAAAGGACUUUGUCUCCAAUCUGCUAAUCAAGGAGAAAAGUGGCCGUCUAAGUGCUGCACAAUGUCUUCGGCAUCCCUGGCUGAAAAACAUCGUUGAAACUGCCAGAAACAACAAUGUUCUGCUAUUGUCUCAGAUCCAGCUGAGGAAAUAUAUGAUGAAGCGACUGUGGAAGAAAAACUUUAUAGCUGUUGCUGCUGCAAACAGAUUUCAGAAAAUCAGCAGCUCAGGCUCAUUAUUCACAAUGGGCAUCUGAAAUGUCAGACAGACCUGCAAGGGUUCGAUACUGCUACGCUACAGCAGAGAGCACAGACCUGGAGAUGAUUACAAAUAACAGAAGUAGGAAUGUAAUUCUGGAGACAGAGACACUGAAGCAAAUGGAUGCAUUCGUGAAAUGAAAGGGAGAUUUGUUCUACGUCUGUGUCAGUUUAAAAUCUACAGCUUAAAAUGAGUGAGCAAACUGUGAAAAAUGUGAAUGUAAAGACUGACUUAAACGCAACAAGAAAGAAAAAACGAAAUAUGAAAAAACGCUAAGGAAAAUGGUAGAUGCGACAAGAUUUCUUUUUAAUUUUGAAAACUACCUGGACUGAAAUGUUUUAAAGCUGCUUUAUGCAUAUUUGUGUAUGUUCUGCACUAAAUGUGUUUUCGUACUGUUUGUGGUAAAGAGCAAACUGCUUUUUAAAUGUAUUUCUAUUAAAACCCGAUCACAAUGCAGUCUGGUUCAGCUGCACCUUUCAUAUGCUACAGUGUGUCAUUAGAAGUAAACUUUAGGCAUACCUGAACUUUGGGGACCCCUACUCAGUGAAACUACAGUUGUAAUGUGUUUUAACUUUUAACAAUUGUUAUUGUUUUUUGCUGCCUACAUGUCUGACCAAUGCUUGUAUCCGGAAAAUGGUUUCCUAACAUGCCCAUUUUCAUACAGCAUGCGUUCUAGCUUGUACACAGAACUGGGGCUUCGAGUGAGGGCAUGGCACUACUGACUGACCUCUGAAUCGUGGGGAUGGGGGAGGGAGAAGUAUUCAGUGCAGUACUGAAACUGUGGCUGGGAAUUUUUACCCAUUUUAACAUACCUGCAAGCACA